AUGUUCUUUACUUCACCCGCUUCCAACAUCACGCCAGCCCUGACGUCGGUGGCCAUGUCGCGUUCAGACUCUCGCGACUCAACCGCUUCCUCCACGUCUUACCGAUACACGUCCUGCGCCCCUUCCAUCGCGUACGCCGCCCUCAUGGGCGCGUCGCCCACGUCCUCGUCCUCCUGGCCGACUUCUCACGCUCUCACUCGCUCAGAAAGCAACGCCUCCAGCACCACCUCUCACUCCCAGGCAUCGUCGCUCGCCAUGCGUCGCGACAGCAGCACCUCGACUUGGCUUCCCAGCCCCUAUCGGUCGUGCAUGUCGUCCUUUGGCUCCGAACCCAACUCAUACCUCUCGGAUGACGACCUUCUCUGUCUGCCUGAGGACCUGAGCUUGCCGGUAGAAACCAUCCCCGCGCUUGCUCCGAAAAAGGAGCUCACCACCGAGGAGCAAAUCGCCUUCUUGCGAGAGCUUCAAGAGCGCGAAGACGCGCUCCGACGGGCAGCAGGCCACGGGCAGCAAGCACGCGACGCUGAUGCUCGACGCAAGGUUGUCCGCUUUGCCGGUCACCAUGAUGUCGCCAGCAGUGGCAAGUCCCGGAGGCCGAGCUCCCUCAAACGGCGCCAGUCCGGCCUUCGACGCCUGAAUGGACCCCAAUGA